UAGGAAAGUGUCAGAAGGCUGGGCAGGAGUAGGGGAAACUGAGGAAGAAACAGCUGAUCAGAAGUAUCGACUAGUGCGCGCUUUCCUCUCAGAGAAUUGUCUCCCUAUCCUUGAUCGCAAUUUGACAGAAAAUAUGUCGAAAUACAGAAUUGUUAUGGUUCGCCACGGCGAGAGCGAGUGGAAUAAAUUAAACCUCUUUUGCGGAUGGUACGACGCCAAUCUAUCGGACAAAGGUAAAAGCGAAGCUUUGUCUGCGGGAAAAGCUCUCAAAGAUGCAGGCUACACAUUUGAUGUGGCUCAUACAUCGGUGCUUACAAGAGCACAGGAGACCCUCAAGGCGAUCCUAAAGGAGAUCAGUCAGGAGGAUUUACCUGUUCAUAAAACGUGGCGAUUGAACGAGCGACAUUACGGUGGUCUUACUGGCAUGAACAAGGCAGAGACAGCCGCCAAAUAUGGUGAGGAGCAGGUGCAGAUCUGGCGGAGAUCAUUCGAUGUACCACCACCACCAAUGGAACCGGAUCACAAGUACUAUGACACGAUAGUGAAGGAUCCACGUUAUGCCGAUGGUCCUAAACCAGAGGAAUUCCCCAAGUUCGAAUCCCUCAAGUUAACAAUCGAGAGAACAUUACCUUAUUGGAACGAGACAAUUAUUCCCCAAUUGAAGGAGGGCAAGAGAAUCAUAAUAGCUGCCCAUGGAAAUAGCUUGCGUGGCAUAGUAAAGCAUCUCGAUCAAUUGACCAAUGAUCAAAUCAUGGGAUUGAAUCUACCGACUGGUAUACCGUUUGUAUAUGAAUUGGACGACAAUUUCAAGCCUGUCGUUUCUAUGAAAUUCUUGGGUGACGAAGAGACAGUCAAGGCAGCGAUGGCUGCGGUCGCUGCGCAAGGAAAGGCUAAAUAAUUAUUAACAAAAAAAAAAAAAAAAAA